AGGGCGACCUAGCAGGCUGCUCCUUCCAGCUCUGCAGCGCACCUCUUUCCAAAUCCUGGAGGGCCCAGGGCUCGGACCCGUUCUCUACGCCUACAGCCCUGCCCUGGGCACUGACCCGCCUCAGCCUGUGUCCUCGGAGCCACUAUCGCCGCUUCCAGCUUUGCCUCCCCUCCUUUCUUCCCUUCCGGCAGUUUAUUCCUCGAGAGCCCGGCUGGCGCGCCGUGGCGCUCUUUGCGAGUGAGGAGGGGGUUGCUCUGGGGGCGACCUCGGGCGAAGCAGGAGCGGGGCGGCGGUCCCAGCUAGCUAUAGCCCCUGGUCCUGAUGACACGGAACCGCUCACGCGGGCCGAGAUGGGGGGAGGGGUGCGAACCGCUGAGGCAGCGGACGAGGGUUGCGGGGGCUCUUUGGCGACUUUCUUGCGCUCUUAAGUGGAUGCCUCGCCACACCCUGGUGGGGCCCAAGGGAGAGACCCUGUCAUCCCCAGGCUUUCUCCCACCAGUGUCCUUACACGGAGCCCGGAGUCGGAGAAGGGUGGACUCUGAUAGGUUUCGCUGAGAGCCCGUCUGACAUCCCUUCUAGGGUCCCUCUCUGAAUUGGUCCCGCUGCUGACCAGGAGCGGCCUCCUGCCGCUGAGCGGAGUCCACCUCUUUAGGGUUGCUUAGCAUCGUCCUCCCGCGGGAGGACAGUGAAGGUGCCAGGUUCAGGGCAAAGUGGGAUCUGUUCUUUCUCCACUUCUAAGACCCUGCUCCCUGCCCCAGAUAGGAGAGGAGAAGAUUGGGCAGGGAGUGGGGAGAGAGAACCACCUUGGAGCCACCUCUGCGCGGGGCCGAGUCGAGCGGGCUAGUACCUUGGUGCCCUUGGGCCGCCCCGGACUGCAGGCCUGAGCGCCGUUUCUAUUUGCAGCAGCCGGUGCUCCCUCCCAGGCCGUCGCGACUUUCUCACCUCCCGCGGCUGCCUGGGAGAUUUUUCCGAUGGAAGCCUGCCCUUCCGCGCCCUACUUUAAUAAAAGCUUGGAGGAAGGGCAGGGAAUUCCUCUCAGGCUCAAGUUACACUUGCUGUGCCUUCUUUCCCUAGCCUGGCCUAGCAGGAGGCCAGAUGGGAGCCCAGCCCACCUCGGUCUGGCUGCCCCCUCCCCCCAUUCAUGCAACCGACAGGGGCUGUUGGGGGCUUCUGCUGGUGGGGAUUGCCCCUCCCUUAGCUUUUGACCCAGGUACUGAGAAGAAAGUACUAUUAGGGCUUACCUGCCAACCUGGAGUACAGUACCAAAGAAUUUCAAGUCAUGGACCCACCCUUGAGGAGUUGCAAUCUACUUAGGAAUGGCAUUGCCACACGGGAGCAAUUCUGGACCAAGCUGGGAUUUGGUGGCCGUGCAUUAUCCUGUUGCCCUCGUGGGAAUGGAAGGAAUUGCCUGGGAAGACCCGACUCAGCCUCCAAUAGCAGGAUGGAUGGAUGAAAACCUGGGUACCAGCCAUGACCCAGCUCUCAGAGAUGCCCCACAUCCUACUACCAUCGGAGGGUAGAUCAUGGAGGCCAGAAUCUAGAACUGGCUGCGGCUCUAUGGCUACCUGCCCCAGCCCAGCCGCCACAUGUCCACCAUGCGCUCUGCCCAGAUCCUGGCCUCGGCCCUCGCAGAGAUGCAGCGCUUCUACGGGAUCCCUGUCACUGGUGUGCUUGAUGAAGAGACCAAGGCGUGGAUGAAACGGCCCCGCUGUGGGGUGCCAGACCAGUUCGGGGUACGCGUGAAAGCCAAUCUGCGGCGCCGGAAGCGUUACGCCCUCACUGGGAGGAAGUGGAGCAACCACCAUCUGACCUUCAGCAUUCAGAACUACACAGAGAAGCUGGGCUGGUACCACUCGAUGGAGGCGGUGCGCAGGGCCUUCCGCGUGUGGGAGCAGGCCACGCCCCUGGUCUUCCAGGAGGUGCCCUAUGAGGACAUCCGGCUGCGGCGGCAGAAGGAAGCCGACAUCAUGGUACUCUUUGCCUCUGGCUUCCACGGGGACAGCUCGCCGUUUGACGGCACGGGAGGCUUUUUGGCUCACGCUUAUUUCCCUGGCCCUGGCUUGGGCGGAGACACCCAUUUUGACGCAGAUGAGCCCUGGACCUUCUCCAGCACCGACCUGCAUGGGAAUAGCCUCUUCCUGGUGGCAGUGCAUGAACUGGGCCAUGCACUGGGGCUGGAGCACUCCAGCAACCCCAGUGCCAUCAUGGCACCAUUCUACCAGUGGAUGGACACUGACAACUUCCAGCUUCCUGAGGACGACCUCCGGGGCAUCCAGCAGCUUUAUGGCUCCCCAGAUGGUCAACCGCAGCCCACCCGGCCUCUCCCCACUGUGACACCCCGGCGACCAGGCCGGCCAGACCACCGGCCCCCCCGGCCACCCCAGCCACCACCCCCAGGCGGGAAGCCAGAACGGCCCCCAAAGCCGGGUCCCCCAGCCCAGCCCCGAGCCACAGAACGGCCUGACCAGUAUGGCCCCAAUAUCUGCGAUGGGAACUUUGACACAGUGGCCAUGCUUCGCGGGGAGAUGUUCGUGUUCAAGGGCCGCUGGUUCUGGCGUGUCCGGCACAACCGCGUCCUGGACAACUAUCCCAUGCCCAUUGGGCACUUCUGGCGUGGUCUGCCUGGGGACAUCAGUGCUGCCUAUGAGCGCCAGGAUGGCCGUUUUGUCUUUUUCAAAGGUGACCACUACUGGCUGUUCCGAGAAGCGAACCUGGAGCCUGGCUACCCCCAGCCGCUGACCAGCUACGGCCUGGGCAUCCCAUACGACCGCAUCGACACGGCCAUCUGGUGGGAGCCCACGGGUCAUACCUUUUUCUUCCAAGAGGACAGGUACUGGCGCUUCAAUGAGGAGACGCAGCGCGGAGACCCCGGCUACCCCAAGCCCAUCAGUGUCUGGCAGGGAGUCCCUGCCUCCCCCAAAGGGGCUUUCCUGAGCAAUGAUGCAGCCUACACCUACUUCUACAAGGGCACCAAAUACUGGAAAUUUGACAACGAGCGUCUGCGGAUGGAGCCCGGCUACCCCAAGUCUAUCCUGCGGGACUUCAUGGGCUGCCAGGAGCACGUGGAACCAGGCCACCGAUGGCCUGACGUGGCCCGUCCACCCUUCAACCCCGAUGGGGGUGCAGAGCCCGGGGUGGACAGUGAUGGCGCCAAUGGUGAUGCGGAAGGCGGCGAAGGGGACUUUGGGGUGGGGGCAGAUGGAAACAGGGACAGGGAUGGGGGCAGCCGCGUAGUGGUGCAGAUGGAGGAGGUGGUGCGGACAGUGAACGUGGUGAUGGUUCUGGUGCCGCUGCUGCUGCUGCUCUGCGUCCUGGGCCUCACCUAUGCACUGGUGCACAUGCAGCGCAAGGGCGCGCCCCGCGUGCUGCUCUACUGCAAGCGCUCCCUGCAGGAGUGGGUCUGACGCCCACCCCGCCCUCCUGUCCUCACGGUGCUCGGGGGUCUAUGGUUCUGUGGUGGCUCCAGGGGCUCCUUCCAGCCCUCAAACAUCCCAGCAGUCCUGUCCUCCUUAUUUAUGUUUUUUUUAACACCUUACGUGAGCAUUUGUUUUGCUUUCCUAACCAGGGCAGGGUGUUUAGAGUUUUCUAAAUGCAGUUCUGCUCUGGAUAAGGAAUAAGGUCCCCCAUCCACCCACCACAGCCACAGGAGCACAGGGGUAGAGACCUACCUUGGAGCAUGGGCUGGCUUCUCCUCAGCCUGAGCCCUAGGAUCAUAACCAUGACCCUGUUUGCCCAGUCACAGACUGGCCAGCCCAGCUGGGUCCCCACCGUCCUGCGUCUGGCCUUAGGAAGAGCUUUUCACCCAGGGGCAACCCCAGGCCAGAGGAGAGAGUAGAGGGAGGUGGGCUACUGGCCUCUGCCUUGAGUUGAGGCUUGGUUCCUUCCCAGCCCACCUUGAUAGCUCCAGCAACCCUGAGAAGCCCACCCAUCCUGGCCUGUGGCAGCCUCCAGUUCCCACAUGCCGUUUGGGCCCCCUUUAGCUCUCUGGAGAAGGGGCCCUGGGUCUGCCUUACCAAGGACCAAAGGGAGUCUGCCAAUGCCCUUCCCCCAAGGGUAGCACUGGCCUUGCCCUAGCAGAAACCAAGAGUGGAGUCUUCCCUCCUGCUCCCUGUCCCCCAGGGGACUGGGAGCAGAGACACUGGUGGGGCCGGGCCAGCAGCUCCCCUCAGCCCCUCAUGCAGACUGUUCACCCCCCAAGGAGCCCAUUGUGGCCAAGGAGGCUCUCCUCCUGCUGGGCUCAGCCCUGAGGGCGGGGAUGCUUCCUUCCUCAUUUUCCUUCCCCAAACAAGCAGGAAGCUGAGGCUGCUGUGGGAAAUGGUACUGUACAGCCGGCUCUGUCUCCCCUGCUCUUCCACAACCCUGAGCAAGUGGGGUGCCUGAGAGGACAGGGGAUUCUGCCGGCCUCUCUUCAAGUGGUGGCUUCUUGUGGGCUGGCACCAAGUUGGGUCCAGCAUCUCUCCCCCAUCUCUGUAGGACCAGAGAGCCAGCCGCAGGGUGGGGGUGGGGUUCAGUGUCCACCCACAUACAUUUUUUUCUGUAAAUAAUUUGCACUGAUUAAAGUGUACAGGCAGCGAGUGUGGCCUCAUUUGUAAGAGGCCUUGGGCUGGAGCUUACAGUUGGAAGGGCCUGCAGGUGGCAGGGGUGCACACAGGAUUGGGGACUUGCCCUUAACGCCAGGGAGACCUUUGGUUCCCAGUACUGUGGGAGGUCCUUUCCAAUGGCCUUUGGAAACAAGGCCCCAGAAGGGGCUGAGCUGCUCCCAAUAGGCCAGAGGAGGGGGAGGCAGGAGACCUGGGCUCACCCUGCCGGGGUGGGGCAGGGAAGGCGUGUGGAAUUUGUUUGCCAUCCAUUUGUGCUGAGAAAGGACAACCCAGCUUCCCACACACCCUCUACUUCGAGGAGGGCAGAAAGAACCAGGCCAGGCCCGCCAACCCUCCCACUGACUCAGGCUGGGUCCUGGGCAGCCUGAAAACCCACCCUGGACAGGUGCCCAGAGCUGGGCACAAAGAGAUGGAAAACAGUGCCACUUUGGUUCCAAAAGUUCCCCUCACCGCAUACUGCUCAGAGAGGGAGGGGAUACCCAAGACCCGCCCUCCCUCCCUGAGAAGACUGCCAGGCCUGUGCAGGGUGCAGAUGAGACCCCAGAAGAACAGGGACUGAGGCAGUGGCUGUCCCUUGGGUCUGGGUGUGGCUAAUGAGGUGGGAGGUAUAGCUUAGCCCACAAGUCCUUGCUGUCAGCCACGCCUAUUUGGUACUAGCCUGGGCCCCCAGGAAUGCAAUGAUCCAC